AUGUCGACUCCAGCACUCCAGAUACACGAACCAAACGAUACCAGAGCGGCGAACCGGGCCCGGUUCGAACUCGAACUCGAAUUCGUGCAAGCGCUCGCGAAUCCGUUCUACUUGCAUUCGCUCGGACAGCAGGGGAUUUUGGACCAGCCAGCUUUCAUAAAUUUUAUGGAAUAUUUGCAAUACUGGAAGGACAAGGACUACGCAAGAUUCAUCCACUACCCGCACGCUCUUCACCACCUCGACCUCCUACAACAUGCCCAGUUUCGGGCAGAAAUCCGGAAAGACGAAUGGAGAGAAUAUCUUAACCAGAAGCAGUUUGAUCAUUGGCGGACUUGGUGA